AAAAAUUUCUCUUUUUUUUACAUAUUACUUGGGACUUAGCCACGUGACUGAAAAUGACUGAAGGAACAGCAAUAAUCGGAGCAGUAAAGAUACCUGUGUACAACUUCGCCGAUCCUGCACUAUGGUUCACUAUGUGCGAAGCAACAUUUGAAUUGGGAACACCGAAAGCGAUAUCGGAGUCUCGCACGAAGUAUAAUUACAUUGUUUCGCACCUGCCCGCCGAAGCCGCAUCAAUUGUGAGAGAUGUGAUCAAAGCCCCCAACUCCACGGAUCCUUACAAUCACAUUAAAACUGAGCUAAUCAAGCGUGCGGAGAAAUCGACGCAUCAAGAAAUAAAAAAACUCCUCGGCGGCGAACAGUUGGGAGAUCGCCGGCCAAGUGAACUCUUACGCAUAAUGCGACGACGCGCUGAGUCAUACAGCGUUUCCGAUGAACUAAUGCUCGAACUGUUUUUACAGCAUCUCCCGAGUUUCGUACAGUCGAUACUCGCAGCGAUCACGCCUUUAACCUUGGAUAAAGCUGCGGAAGUUGCGGAUCGUGUCAUCGAUGUAUCACCAUCUCCUGUAGCGGUAAGUGCCACAAAUAUUUGUUCUGCUAAUACCUCAGAUUCCAUUGAAGAACGUUUACUCGCAGAGAUAAAAAAAUUGCACGUAAGAAUCGAUAAUAUCUCGCGUGAUCGUCGCCGCACUCGUAGUCAGAAUAAAUAUCGCGGCUAAAGAGAACGCAGCCCCUCUCAAAAUAAAAACAAGUUUGAUACCUGUUGGUACCACCUUAAAUUUGGUGAGAGAGCUAUAAAGUGUACCCCGCCCUGUAAAUUUUCAAAAAAACGGCCCAGGCGAGGCAUAG